CCGCCCCCAGCCUGUGGUGGCCGCACCUUCCUCGCGCUGGGGGCCCAGCGGGAGUCGCCAGCACCUGAGGACAGGGAGCGCUCCGCGGCCCCGGGGUCCGGGCCGAGCUCUGCGGGGAUGGAGCGGGAACGCAGCUGUUAUCCGAUGCCCUGUGACUGACAAGCUUUAUUAUUACUAUGCCGUUGGAGAUGGAGCCCAAAAUGAGCAAACUGGCCUUUGGGUGUCAGAGAAGUUCCACAUCAGACGAUGACUCUGGCUGUGCACUGGAGGAGUAUGCCUGGGUCCCACCAGGCCUCCGGCCAGAGCAGAUCCAGCUCUACUUUGCGUGCUUGCCAGAGGACAAGGUUCCUUAUGUAAACAGCCCCGGAGAGAAGCACCGGAUCAAACAGCUUUUGUACCAGUUGCCACCACAUGAUAAUGAGGUUCGGUACUGCCAGGCUUUGAGCGAAGAGGAGAAAAAAGAGUUGCAGGUGUUCAGUGCUCAAAGGAAGAAAGAAGCUCUCGGAAGAGGAACAAUUAAACUCCUGUCCAGGGCCGUGAUGCACGCAGUGUGUGAGCAGUGUGGGUUGAAGCUCAGCGGAGGGGAAGUGGCAGUAUUCGCCUCCCGCGCGGGCCCUGGAGUGUGCUGGCAUCCAUCCUGUUUCAUCUGCUUCACGUGUCAUGAGCUACUGGUCGACCUCAUCUAUUUUUAUCAGGAUGGAAAAAUUCACUGUGGCAGGCACCAUGCGGAACUUCUCAAGCCACGGUGCUCAGCAUGUGAUGAGAUCAUCUUUGCUGAUGAGUGCACAGAAGCUGAGGGGCGCCACUGGCACAUGAAACACUUCUGCUGCCUCGAGUGUGAGACCGUCUUGGGAGGACAGAGGUACAUCAUGAAGGAUGGCCGCCCCUUCUGCUGUGGCUGCUUCGAGUCUCUCUAUGCUGAGUACUGUGAAACCUGCGGGGAGCAUAUCGGGGUGGACCAUGCACAGAUGACCUAUGGUGGGCAGCACUGGCACGCCACAGAGGCCUGCUUUUCCUGUGCCCAGUGUAAGGCUUCUUUGUUGGGCUGCCCCUUUCUUCCUAAACAAGGUCAGAUUUAUUGCUCAAAGACCUGCAGCCUCGGGGAAGACAUGCAUGCCUCUGAUUCCUCCGACUCUGCGUUCCAGUCAGCCCGAUCCAGAGACUCCAGAAGGAGUGUCCGGAUGGGCAAAAGCAGUCGCUCGGCAGAUCAGUGCAGACAGUCUCUGCUCUUGUCACCUGCUCUGAACUACAAGUUUCCGGGUCUGUCCGGCAAAGCAGAUGACACCCUUUCUCAGAAGCUGGAUGACCUGAGUCUCUCCAGGCAGGGAGCAGGUUUUGCCGAUGAGGAAUUCUGGAAAGGCAGAGUAGAGCAAGAAGCCGCCGAAGACCCUGAAGAAUGGGCUGAGCACGAAGAUUACAUGACACAGCUUCUCCUCAAGUUUGGGGAUAAAAGCCUCUUUCAGCAGCAGCCCAGUGAGGUAGAUAUUAGAGCCAGUGAGCACUGGAUACCUGACAACAUGGUGAAAAGUAAGCCCGAGUUAAAACAAAAUCACCAGAGCCUCGCAAGUAAAAAGUACCAGUCUGAUAUGUACUGGGCCCAGUCACAGGAUGGGCUGGGUGACUCUGCCUACGGCAGCCACCCAGGUCCUGCCAGCAGCCGAAGGCUGCAGGAACUCGACCUGGACCAUGGUGCUGCCGGAUACAGUCACAACCAAACCCAGUGGUAUGAAGAUUCCCUGGAGUGUUUAUCUGACCUGAAACCAGAACAGAGUGUUCGGGAUUCUAUGGAUUCUCUGGCUUUGUCCAAUAUUACAGCAGCGUCGGUGGACGCUGAGAACAAGCCAAGGCCGGCGCUAUAUCCGCUGCAAACCUUCGAAGAGAUGGAAGCCGAGGGCUGCGAGAAGACGAGCAACAUGGGAACGCUCAACUCUUCCAUGCUACACAGGAGCGCCGAGUCCCUGAAGAGCCUGAGUUCUGAGCUGUGUCCGGAAGGACCCGGGCCCGAGAAGCCGCUACACCUGCCGGCGCUCAGACGGUCCAAGUCCCAGUCCAGGCCACAGCAGGUCAAGUUUUCCGACGACGUUGUCGACCGCGGCAGCUACGAGGCCGUGGAGGUCCGGCAGCCUCCACUGAGCGAGCGGACUCGGAGGCGUGUCUACCAAGUGGAGGAGCGGGGAUCCCGGCCUCCCCGCCGCCGCCGCAGCCGCAGGUCGCGCUCUGACAACGCCUUGAACCUGCUGGCGGACCGGAAGUGCUCCCCGCGGGACCGACCGUGGCUCCGCGCCCCUGCCGACUACGAGGCGUUUGUCCAGAGUCAGGGGGCUCGGGCGCGCAUGCAGAGCGGCCGCUUCGCCCCGGCCGUACCUGGUUACGCCCUGCAGAGCCCAGGAAUGAACAGGUUUCUGGGGCUGUACGAGGACGACGACUCCUGGUGUUCAUCCUCAUCGUCCUCCGACUCGGAGGAAGAAGGCUAUUUCCUCGGACAGCCCAUCCCACAGCCCCGGCCACAGAGAUUCGCCUACUACCCAGAGGACCUUCCUCGCCCAGCGUCCGCACUGCCCACCCCACAGUUUACUCAGAGGAUGACGAAACCCAAGAGGAAGAAGGGACACAAGGGCAAAAACUGCAUUAUUUCUUAACCAAGUACAUGGACAUGAUUGGCUUAGAACUUAACCAUUUAGCCUGGACUCUCACCUUUUUUCUUCCUUAGGAAAGUUGCUUAAAUAGUUUAAAGUGCUUUCUUGGCCCGUGUAAACGAGAACCCUACUGCUGUUUACAGUGUCACAUUACCAUUUGAAAGGUGUGGUUCCUCAGUUUACCUUCUUAGAUGGUGCCAGAGUGACACAACGUCUUCUGCCUGUGGCAGGUACACCUGACAGUUUCGGACAGCUACUCUGGUCUCCAGUCCGUAAGAGAAUAUUCCAGAAACUGUCACAAGGUGGUUGGAUAGACUGCCAUCUUAGACGAUGGACAGCACCAGCCACCUCUGUAAAGCAAUAGUGCUUGUCAUGACUUCAGCCAGGUUGGCAGGUCCUGAUCGGUGUCUUAUGAGGCAUGCACGUCACCAGACGACGACCUAGCUACCACUGUGCAUCCUAUGUGUGAGGCAACCUUGUCCCCUUCAGCCCCGAGUAGCCAGGUAAACAUUGUAUUAGUUCCAGCUACAGAUUGAAAAAAAUGCUAUUUAUAAUGUAGUAUUUCAUAGACUUAAGUAUAUUCCUAAUUUAACGGUGCAAAUAUUAAUGUAUAUACUGUAUAUUUCAGAUUUUAAACCUGAUAUUUUUAUAUCCCUGAAUUGCAAGAUAUUUGCUACACUGCCAUGCUAGAUUUGUUAGGAAAUCAGAAACAGCAUUUAUGGAUGAGAUAAUUGCUUGUAUUUUAGUCAGGGUUUAUAAGUUUAGACAGUCAACUCUAUAUUGCCUAGUGAUAGAAAGUUGUUUUUCUCCCUCUCCAAUAUUGAAAAAGGCUCUGUAUGCAUGGUGGGGCUAUGUAAAUACUUGUUACUAGGGCCCUGUUAAUCUUACAAGUGAUAUUUAUGGGUCAAGCAAUGUAAACUGUAUAAAUGUAAAAAUGGACAAACCCCACACACCUUGGGAAUAUACAGUGAAACCACGAGCAGCUGUCUGGGUGUUUCUACCUGUGGCAGGCGGAGGUCAUGCCAGCAGGUGAUGAGCCCAGAUUACAAAGAUGAGCUUCCUGUGGCAAAGCCCACGCAGACUUACUAUGUGAAGAGAGGGUAUGCUUUUUUUCCCUUCCCCUAAGCUAACUGUUGGCCUUUAAAAGCAUCUGUUGGCCUUUAAAAGCAUUUUUGAAAACUGGGUUUCCAUUUAACACUUUUCUUUUAAAAAUCAACAAAAAUGUGGUGCCACCGAGUACUUCAAGUUUAUGAGGCUCUGGUUCAAAGGACAGUUAUGCUGGAUGUGAGCUAAGGAGCAGAGAGUCUGGUCUGUGCUGAUCUUGCAUCUACAUCUCAGUCCUAACUAAAGCUCCUGGUGGUGUCCUGAGCCUUUCAGAGACGUAUUUAAUAAAAGCCUAAUAAAUAAGAAACUACCUUUCUG